GGCAAUUUUUGUAGCUUACACGCACAAAUGUAUUUUUUGCCGUUCGAAACGAGAUAUCCAUGCGGAAUGAGUUGAUCACGAUGAGAACUUGAUGCGGAAUAAGUUUAUGUAGGGCCUAGAAAACUUUAGGCGUGUUUCAAUAGCUUCACCGUGAACACUAAUCAAAGCAAAGCUCAGAAAUUAUGUCGACAUCACGUUCCUCCGGAGUACGGCGGUAUGCUGCACUGAUGCGAUUUCUGUUGUUGUUUGUCUACCGAAAGUUUAUUUUCUCAGCCGCUCCAAUAGGCACGCAGGCGGUUUCCCCCGAUGAAAACGGGGUGCCAACAUCUUCCGUCGGAGGCGAAGUGAAAACACAGGAUGCUGAUCACCACACGACCAGCACGGGUGCAUCAACUACAAGCGACGAGGAGACUGCUACAGGAAAGAACUACCACGAUAGAAGUUCUGUGACGCCGUCGUCAUCGAAAGAAACGCUAGCAGGAGUUGUACUUUUGCAACAGAAAUUGCAAGAGGAAGAGGAACCCGUUCGACGAGUCGUGGAGCCGCCUGAAAAAAAUCCUGCAAAUAAUAAUUGGAGAGAUGUUCAAUCAGCUGCUAUUCCAAGAAUAGUUCCCGCACAGGAGCACGCGGAAAAAGGACAUUUUCCAACCAGGGCGGCCGCGGAAUCCUCUCCCACCGACUUUGGUGAUACUACCCGAGAACAGCCGCACGGCCAGCAGCUACAGCAAGAAGCUUUUGUGGAACAAAAAUCUUCCCGACAAGAAAUACGACCAGCAGACGUUCUAUCCAGCGGACAUUCUGGAAGAACUACGGAAGAAGAUUAUAGUAAAACUUCUCCUUCCUCUCUCUUAGGCUUGUCGCAGAAAAACACCUCAAGUGGCACCGCUUCUAAUGCAUCUACUUCAUCCAACAAUGCAACCGACUCUGAUGACGACGAUGAUUCGUCCUACCCUCCGGGAUCCACCAUAUACCACCACGGGGGAUACAUCCCGAUUACGGAGGGGGACCGAACCCGCGGGCAGCACGUGAUCAAGUUUGCGCCCGUGAUCAAGGUGAAUUCUGACAACGGGUCCGGCGAAACGGCAAAAGCCAUGAACGAAGCCUUGAAAAUGCUGGCCGCGAACAUGGGCCAGCAGGCCUCCGCGGCGAAUUUUGCCGCCAUAGCCGGCGGUGGUGGGUCUGGGGGUGGUAAUCCCAGCACCGGCGUGAAAGCGUUUGAGGACUGGAAGCGGCAGCAGAAGCUACAGCAACAGAACCAAGACUUGUCGAACCAGAUCAAGAAUCUAGACAGCAAACUGUCCGCCGUGCGGAACGGGUUGUGGGGACAGCACACUGGCGCCGGCAUGUCGUACGGAGGCGGAGGUGGUGGUGGUGGUUCAUAUGGCAGUAGUUCUAGUUACGGAGGCUACGGAUCUCCACAGCAGCAGUCACCCUACGGAGGUUCCCCAGCAGGUGGUCCUCUACCGUACAACCAGCAGCCUAUUGCCUCGACCACCGCCAACAAGAACACAAUUUUGAGCACCGCAGCGACGGUGCAGCAGGCCGUUUCCAGAGCGCUGCAACAGUCCAACAGCAUGGCGCCGGACUGCGUGUACCAGUGGCAACGGGCGAGCGUGCACGCAGCGAAGGCGCAAGAGCUGGCGCGGAACGCGCCGGACCCGACGAGCGGGAGUAGUUCCUCGAUUUUCGGCUCCAUGACGUCCUCCUCCCACUCAAACGAACUGAUGCAGGCAGCGGAGAUGGUGCAUAUGUCGCUCCAAUACAUGAAGAAAGCGAUCGCCUGUGUCAACUGGAAUGCGGUGCACUACCAGCAGGGCAUGGCCAGCUCAUCUGCCGGGAGCGGCGGGGCAGGGAUGAUGGGGAAUGCGGGCGGGUAUAGUGGACAGCAGGGCAACAAUUACGGUGCUGGAACUACGAUGGGAGCAAACUACUACUCCCCGACCGGCAGUAUAAGUUCUUCGGGAUAUGCUACUCCAUCUUCCGGGAAUACCGCCGGCGCGUACGGCGGCGCGCCGCCGGGGGCAGGAGGUUAUCAGACAGCUGGAGGAUCGUAUGGUGCAGCGGCGGGCGGAGGUACAACUCUGUUUUCGCACAGUUGACGAUCCUGGAAUGAUUCAAACGCAUUUUUACCCUUGCCGCUUGAGAGCGUUUUUUAUGUAUCACAAAGAAUAAGAAAAUCCUUGUCCCCCACCAAAAACAAACUAUCAGUCCCUCCACCGGGCGCUCAGCAAGCCGGAACGGGACCUGGCAGUGAGGAACUUGGGCCCACCAUCGGUGCCGGCACGAUCUCGCAGCAGACGGACGCCAUCCGCAAGCAGGCGGAGCAGAACAGCGGCUACCUGUGGACCGUAUUUAACAAGUACUGGCUGUCCAUUAGUUACUACUUUGGGAACCUGGACCUCCCGAGCGACGAGAAGGAGGCGUACGAGCGGGAGCUAUUGGACAUUGAGGAUUUGAACGAGGAGAAGUACGCGGGCACAAGCAUGCGCACCACCGAAGAGAUCGACCAGGAGCUGUUGGAGUCGGAGCGGGGCCUGCAGAUUUUGUACGACGCCGCGCUGAUCGAGGAGGAGCAGCUAAUUCGGCGGAACGGCUGGUAUUUCCUCCUCUUCAUGCUCUUCGCGGUCGUCGCGGGCGUGGCCGGCUUCACAAUCUACAAGAUGCACCGCGACGGGCACGCGCCCGCGUGGAUAGCGCCGUUCUUGCCCGGCGGGGGGGCGGGCCGGGGGGAGCCGGAUGAUCUUCGCGGCGGGGAGUCGUCGCCGGGCGCGCGGAGUCGUGAUCGCAGAAAUCAAGAUGAGGAGGAGGAGGACGAGGAGGAGGCGUGAUAGAUGAUGAGCACUUGUGUUUCAAUUGUUUCGAGCUCAAGCUGCAAUUGUAGGAUAGUCGUUUCACUUGUUCAAUGUCGGAAGGCAACAAGGAGCAGAUCGAAAAUAGACGCAGUGAACACAAUUCACGAAGAAAAGUACC